AUGCCUUUCUGGUUGUUUCAACGGCACGGCGGUCACAAAUCCAGAUUCUCCGCUUCCUUGAAUGGCCAACACUGGCGAUUUCUGAGGAGCAAUUUGGAUUAUUCCAGAGAGGCCUUCCUUCCUUCAGGCGAGAGCAUCCUCACCCAACCGGCAAGGGGACCUAGCCCUCUUCUUCUCUCUGAGAAACCUAUGAAUUUUCUCAGAGCAGCCCAGAGAUCCAGAAAGAGGUUAACCGAGCCACAGAGCAACACUUCGAAGCUCGGCCUGAUGAGCCAAACCCAAAAGGAUCACAUUGCUCAAGUUGAAUACUGCCUCAGCCAACACCCUUUAGCACUCUACCCAAAUUUUCAAGAAAGCAUCCCUGCAGAGCUUUUCAAGGAAGUCAUGAGCGUCCUGGACCCAGAGGUGGUUCCUACUGACCAAGAACCUGAUGCCAACCUUGGUGGAGAAUCCUGUCCUCCUAUUAUUCCAUCCCUUCCGGAAGGCAAAAGGAACAGACAAACAAGGGCCAAACAAGUCAGCUGCAAGGAUCCAGACAACAAGGCUCCUUACACCUGGUUCUCCCCCCAAAAAGUGGCAGCAAGAAAACUGAAAGCCAGGUUGAAUUACGUCCCUCCUCUCGACAAGAAUAUCGAGCGAACUACCAAAGAACUUUGUGACGGAUUCAAUUCUCUAGGAGGAGAGAAGUACAAUGUAGAUGAAGAUACCGUUCUAAGUUUGUUUGAUGUGGGUUAUGAGACUACCCUUCCGAUGUUUCACCCGCUGCGUGUUGAGGAAUUCCGUGAUCUACCAAUGGACCUAAAGAAAUAUUUUGGGAUGCCACCUUCUCAGGCUAUUAGAAAGAAACCUGAUCAGGACGUUAAGCCUUCUAAGGACCCUGGCCAAUCCAGAUGGAAAAAGACGAGAUACGGAGCCUGGUAUCUGGACCCAAAGACGUGGAAAAAACAGAACGGGAAUGAACCUUUAGAAAACCCCAAAGAGAGCAGCCUCAAGAAUUCCAGAAGGCUCUUAAGUGAAGAGGAUGCCAAGCUGAUACAAGUUCAUGGAACUCACGCUUUCCAGGAAUUUCUUGUAAAAAAAGGUUAUCGGAUACCGGAGUUUUUGCAGCAGAUGCUGGAGGAGCAGGAAGGCAUUGAGCCAAAAGUGGGGGCUUUGAACAACACCAAGGAUGAAUCCCAGAAAUGCAAAGAGCUCCGAGAAGAUUAUUCACCAGUGGUGGGAAACUAAUAAGACCAAACAAUCCAAUGAUUAAGAGAACGGAAGACACAUGUAGCUCUAUCUAUGGUGCUAUUCGAAUAGGAAUUCUUUCUAAGGAUAUGUACAAACACAAAGUAAACUGCUCCAAACUCGAUUGCA